CGCGACUGAGCAGCCAUGUCGACCGUGGCCCCUCGCGACUCGCCGGCUCUCGCGUCCCCCGAGCAGAAGCCUCCGCCCUCCCUCAAGCCCUGCUGCGCCUGCCCGGAGACCAAGCGGGCGCGCGACGCCUGCAUCAUCGAAAAAGGAGAAGAACACUGUGGUGCUCUUAUUGAGGCCCACAAGGAGUGCAUGAGAGCCUUGGGUUUUAAGAUAUGAACAAGAUGAAGCACACAUCUGAAUGUUUGGAAGGUGAUUUGCUGUUGAAAUAUUAGUUUGGGGACUUUACUCUUCAUGGCUGCUUGAACACGGGUGUUUAUUUAUCAGAAGAUGAAUUUAUUGGGGAAAAAUACGAUGGAUUCUAAAAUCAGAGGAGUGUGUUGCGUUACAGUCUUCUUCCACGGCUGGAUCCUGCCUAAGUAAUAAUAUGAGAGAUUCUCCUGAAUAAACGUUUUAACAUUCUCAUUUGAGCACAACAAAACUGGCUCCUGUAUGAUGCAGUUGUAUCUGGGAAACUAUGUCACCACCCUCCCAUGUAUUCACUGGAAUUAAAUAUGCUAAAUCAAUAAAAACAAAGUUUGCUGAAUUCAGAGAUGCUGUUGGAUUGGGCAAGUAUGUGUGCACGUACUCAAGUUUCCACUGCAAUCUGCCAAGCUCCUUUUUCAGCAGAGGUCAAAAUCAGUUUGUAGAUUUGCUGUAUGUAGGCUACCCAGCUUGGUAGAUGGACAUAAUAAUAUUUUGUGUGUGAAAAAUAUAAUUCAUGGGUUCCAGCAUUGUGUAACUUACCUCUCUGGAGAAGGGGCUGCUGUAGUAAAUCCAUAGCAAAGCUGCACACAUGUCAACUGAGUAGUUGGGUGGUGAAGCUGGGUUGGUUGGUUGGUUGGUUUUCUUUUAUUUGUUAGAUUUGUAUUUAAUCUUUCUGUCAGGGCUUUCAGGGUAAGAUGCAAAGCUUUCCAAGUGACCUUAUAUUGAAGUGCAGGACAGGUCCUGGCCUGUGUCAAGUUUGUGGAUGGAAUUAUUUUGUUAAUAAAGAAAUAAAAUGAAAGCUGCCUCUGA